AUGCUAAUAAUAAUUAAAGUUUUUAAACAUUAUACUCGCAUUAAUCAAGCAUUAUCACGAUGUCGUUAUUACAAAUACACACAGUAUAUUGGCAAAAACCAGACACGAUAUUUCUCAACGGAAUCAUCUAAAAAUGUCUUGUCAGACACAGUGAUAAAUAAAUAUUGUACUGAUGAAGAAAUAAAAUGUUCAGAGAAAAGUUCUGUAUAUCGUUUUGUUCCAUCUAAACCUAUUUGGAAACGAUUUGAUGUUGGGGUGCAGCAUGAAUUAGAAGAGGUGAAUAGUAUAUCUGGAACAAAGGAUUGUGUAUCACCUGAUAAACAGGAUAUAUUUUAUAUUGAUCACAGUGCUCUUCCAAAACGAACCCGAUUGGAUAUGAAUGUAGUUAAACUACUUGAACAGAUAUCGCUAAUAAAUUUCAAAGAAGAAAAUUUGAGAAUUCUUGAAGAAGCUAUACGCUAUGCUGAUUCAUUGCUAACGAAAGAAGCUUUUCAUGGAACAACUAAUAAUCAGUGUUGGAGUCUAGAUAAUACAGAACCGAUGAUUAGUUUAUGUGAUGAAAUUAAUGUUGGCUCCAAUUGCUUUUUAGAUGAUGACGAUGGUGAUAAUCACAUUGCAUAUAAUUGUAAUCUAGCUACUGAUAUUAUGGAACAAAUACCUGAUAAAUGGGAAGGUUAUAUUGUUGCUCCAUUGGAUAAUAUUCCAGUAGAGCAAAAAGAAUCUAGUCGAGUUCAAGGAGUGAAGGUGUAGUUAACCGGUCAACAAAGUGAAUAUGCUUAUAAUUUUGAUGAAAGUAGCGGAAAAGAAACAAAUAUACACGUAUUAACACAAUGUAUACCGUAAUAAUAAAAAUCGAAAUGAGAGUAACAAUGUGGUUUCCUUUUCAUAAUCCUAUGUUAUUCGUAAAUAUUAACGGACGUAUCGUAGGCAUUAUCGGAGCACCUGAUACAUGAUACUGACAACGGAUAAAUACGAAUUUUUAAAACUACCUUUAUUCCCACUAAACAAUUCAAUAGCUGUCUGCACUUUGUAGCUUAAUAGAUAACGCCUUGGUGCCUAAAGCGACCGGUUCCACAUUUUCGUCUGGAUAUUAAGAUGAGGAGCCCUAGAUAGGAUGAGACGCACUUGGCACGAUCCAAAUGUCUUAUCAAUAACACUUAAAAAUCCGUUUAAAAACAAGUAAUGCCUUCUUGCGUCUUAAUGAAAAGUUGUGUGGUAUCAAACCUACUUAUAGUUUUGAUGAUAAAAACAAGCACGCUACUGAAUUUCGCCCAGUUUAGGUCAGGUGGAAAUAUGAAAUGAAUAAAAUUCGAUAGUUGGUGCACUUAUAAAUAAAAUAAUUUGUAAAUUUCUGAGCAUAAACCCAUUGAUUUUACAGAUGGCCAAUGAUAUUCAAAAAAGUACAAUCCUUUUGUUCUACUAAUCGAGUAGUUUGUACUGAAUAGUGGAUCAUCGCGCUACUGCUUACUGGUGAAUUAGUUAUUUUCAUUUAUUUAAUUCAUUUAGUCGCAUCUGUAAGUGUAAUUUUAUAUAGGUUUAUGUAUUAAUUUAUUGAGCACAGCUAAUAAUGGAUAGGCUAUCAGGUUGUUGAUUGUUUAAGCUGAAUAAGCUUAAGUUUUACCUUACCAUGUAUCUAUGAACAUUGUUAAAAGCGAUAUCAAUCUUUUGUCUAGUUCACAUAAAUUCUGGCUCAAUUAAGUACCGAAAACUGACCCGGAUAAAGAAAAUGAUAUCAAUAAGUUAACGAGAAAAGAAUGGUAGGACCAAUGAUGAAAUGAACAGAAAUAGCAAUGAAUGGACAGUGAUUACCAAUAUGAUUAGCUACAUAUCGAUGCACAUUGACUUUAGUCACAACAUAGAGUCACCGAAAACAAUGACAUAAUACAGAGUCAUUUAAAGUUCUACGAUUAAAGACACCACGCUCGACAAGAGUCAGUCAGUCAGUAACAACGUAGAACUUAGUACGUACGUACAUCAGUUCGAGUUGCCACACCACAUUAGCACAGAGAUGCAGUGGUCGAUUCAAAUCCCGUAGUGGUAGAGGUAGCAAGAGUAUAAGCAGUAAUCGGGAAGAUUAGGGUUUGGAGAUGUUAUUUAACGAGUAUAAUCCAGUGAAAUAAAUUUGGAAAGAGGAAAAAAAGGGGCAUGAAGAAUUCAGAUAAUUAGAAUUUGGGAGAACACAAAGAGUAUAUACACCUGCGCCAUUGCAAACGAUUUUGAGCCAUGUCAUUCAAAGUCUCUAACCAUCGGUUGCUAUCAUCUCGCGGUCCCCAACCAGGUAGUCUGCACCUACCAACAUGACUCAGUCCACUUGUCAGUGACUUCAUGGGUUUGUGCCAUGUUUUGGUCUGGCCGCCCCUAGCUUUCUUCCAACCUACUCCUAUACCACUGAAUAUAGCACGUCGAGGUAGUCGGUGGUUGGGCAUACGUAACACGUGUCCCAGCCAUCUCAACUGAUGAAGUUUCACUACUUCAUCAAUUGAUUUGCCAUCCUUACCUAGUACCCGUUUUCUAACAGCUGCGUUACUUACUCGGUGGUCCCAGGAUAUACGAGCAAUACUUCGAAGACACCUAUGAUCAAAUACUAGUAACCUACGAAUAUCCUCUACUCUUAUCGGCCAUGUUUCACAGCCAUAAAGUAGGACGGAACGAACUGCUGCGCAGUAAACACGUCCUUUGGUUGGUAGACGGAUAUCUCGCCUACGCCAUAAAUGACGCAAGUUGGCAAAAGCUAGUCGAGCUUUCUGUAUCCGUGCUGAGAUUUCGUCACACACCAGACCACAAGGGCUGAUGAGACUUCCAAGAUAAGUGAAGAGGUCGACACGCUCAACUACUUCACUCCCUAUCACUAGUUCGGGUGUCGAUGUAACCCAAUCCUGAAGCAACAUUUUGCAUUUCGAGGGAAAGAAUCGCAUCCCGAACAUGCUUGCAUUGUUGCUUAGAGUGGUCAGAAGACUCUGCAUUUUGUCAGCGUCUUCACCAAAUAAAACGAUGUCAUCUGCAUAUUCUAAGUCAACAAGUGAACCUUCCGGUAGAAGUUCAACCCCCGGAAAUUUAGAUGAGAGGAGUGUUAUCUCUAAAAGUACGUCGACCACAAAGUUGAACAAGAAUGGGGAGAGUGGACAGCCCUGACGAACACCACUUGAGAUAAUCAAUUCUGAAGACAGUUCGCCAUAAGCUCUCACUCUGCCAGUUGUGUUCGAGUAGAGAGCCUUUAUAAGGUUAAUGUACUUCUUUGGUACUCCUUUCAGUGACAAACACUGCCAUAGAACCUCACGAUCAACAGAGUCGAAUGCCGCCUUAAGAUCGAGAAAUACUACCAUUGUGGGGCGUCUGAAUGUGUGUCUGUGUUCUAGAACCUGACGUAGUGUGAAUAUCUGAUCUAUACAACCACGUCCAGGUCGAAAACCGGCCUGGUUUUCUCUAGUUUGCUCUUCACGAGCUUUGAUUAGGCGUCGAAGUAUUAUUGAGGCUAAUAUUUUAGACACUAUAUUAGUCAAACUGAUUCCUCUGUGAUUGUCACAAGAGGACUUUUGUCCUUUCUUAUAAACUGGCACAAUCAGUGAUUGAGACCAGUCAGAUGGGAUUACGUCCAGUUCCCAAAUUCUACCUAAGACCUCGGUUAAUCUUAUUGCUAAUACUGGACCACCAUCCUUAAAAAUCUCAGGAGUAAACCUAUCAGAUCCUGCUUCUCUCCCUCGCUUCAGAUUUCCUAUGGCUUUUUCAACUUCAUAAAGAGACGGAGGACCUACAUUAACUUGCCAUUCAGGUUGACUGGGGAUCGUGGGAAACCGAAGUGUGGCUGAAGGCCAGUUGAACUGAUCCCUGAAGUGUUCUGCCCAUCGAUCCAAUCUCCUGGAUUGAGAAUGAAUAAUAUGUUCAUCUUUCUCUGAGAUUGUUCCGCUAACAGUCGGGUUCCUAAUUCCGGUUUCCUUAACGAGUCUAAACAAUUGUCUGCUAUCACCUAUUGUCGUUGCCUUUUCCAUCUCUCUUGCUUUCGCUACCCACCACUGUUCGCGAUCAUUGCGUAGACUUCUUGUUAGUUUGCGCUUAAGCUGACUCCGCUCUUCACUAUGUUCAGAGCCAGGUGGAAUGAGUUUCCGAGCAUCUAUCAGUGCGAUAGAUGCUGCUGAGAUCCAGUGUUGCUCCCUAACCUUCUGGUUUACCUUACUAACAGAUAUCACUGCUGUUUCCACAGCUUUUCGGAUAUCAUUCCAUGCUGCCUCGGGGUGGGCAUCACAUACAUGGCUGCCUAACUGUUUUCCUA